GCCAGACCUGACUGUAAAGAUGACGCAUCCUGUUAAUGAGAAUGACAUGAUGAUGCUUUCUGGGGUGUACUGCUGCUUUCUUCUAUUUGAAACCAAACCACCAACUACUUCUGCUCACUUGACACAAACAUCACAUCACACCUUGGAUCAACCGCCACCAUGCAUCAUCUCUUUUCUCUCAUCCUAGUCCUUAUGGUCGCUCUAGUUCAAGCUCCUCCACCUGAAUCCCUCACUGGAGUCCCUUCUGGAUUGCCUCCGGUAUCUACCGCUAGAAUCACUUCUAUCUCGCCCUUUGGCCGACUUCCUACUGCUACUAGACCAGCUCCUCCUCCCUCAUUACCUCCCCCAACACAACCAGGAACCCCAGCCCCAACUGGCACUCCCUCCCCCCCGCCACCGCCAGUCCAGUGCCGGAUUGUCACUCGGGUCACCCAGACCUUCUUCGGAUUCUCUAGCAACGACGAUCAAGGCGCUGCAAUCGCCUUCGACUGCGGACGAGGCAAUAUCGCCGGCGGGACCGGCACCUUCCAGGACCCUGUAACGUUUGCCUCUGCUCCGGGCGAAUUCAGACAAUGUGAGGUCAUCUACUCCCCCUAUCUACGGAAGUAUCUACGGCUGGAAGAUUCCUGUCCUGAGUGUGAUGGCGAGUGGUUCCAUCGGAUUCGCCAUGUUGCCGUGUGGGUGGGGAGUAACCAGUUCGGAGGGGGCGAUGAUGAACUGGACUGUGAGGACAGGUUGACUCCGCCGCCGCAGAGUCAAGCGGUGAUUAGGCAUCCACGCCAGAAUUUGACUGUUGACGUUACGCCGCUUUUUGUCCCUGGAGUCAACUCGAUGUGUAAUGUGAAUCACGUCUAUCCAUCCUAUGUUCCGGGUGACUACUGCUGAAAUGUCUUUUCUGCGGAAGAGCCUCCCGAGGAAAAUUCAAACGGAAGUUAUAUACGGUGGACGUUCUAGAUGCCUGUAGAUCGAUAUAAGGUUCUGCUGUUUUGGUGCCUGGUUCCGAGUUUCAUCAGACUUACUUAAUUCUAGUCUAACUUCAAAAGGGCAUCUUAGCCAAAUGAAAAAC